AGUAAACAAUUACCGACCCGCAUUUCGUAUAAUUUUCCUAGAGAGAGAGAAACCCCUUCUCCACUUCUCUCCCUUCUCUCUCUAGUCAAUUCAUUUUCUCUACCGUCACAGAUCUCGGAUCCAAACCGGGUGAUCCGAAAUGGCUUCCUCAUCGCGCCGCCUCCGCGAACUCCAAUCCCAACCAGGCAACAAGACUUGCGUUGACUGCUCCCAGAAAAACCCCCAAUGGGCCUCCGUCUCGUACGGCAUCUUCAUGUGCUUAGAGUGCUCCGGCAAGCACCGCGGCCUCGGGGUCCACAUCUCCUUCGUCCGAUCCGUUACCAUGGAUUCUUGGUCCGAGAUUCAGCUCAAGAAGAUGGAGGCUGGAGGUAAUGAUAAAUUGAACAACUUUUUUGCUUUGUAUGGUGUUGUCAAAGAGACUGAUAUUGUUGCUAAGUAUAAUUCUAAUGCGGCGUCGGUGUAUCGGGAUCGGGUGAGUGCGCUGGCUGAGGGGAGGCCGUGGCGGGACCCACCGGUGGUGAAGGAGAGUGUGGGGAAGAAGCCGCCGUUGAGUUCGGGGGGGAGUAAGGGGAAUUGGGAUAGUUGGGAUAGUUUUGAGGAGAAGUCGGGGGGUGAUGUGAGGAGGAGUGGAUCGGUUGGGGAGUUUGGGAGGGGUGGAGGUGGAGGCGGAGGGGGGCAUGUGGUUAGGUCGAAGUCGAAUCAGGAGAUUUAUUCGAGGGCGCAAUUGGAGGCGUCUGCGGCUGGGAAGGAGGAUUUUUUUGCUAGGAAGAUGAUGGAGAAUGAGUCGAAGCCGGAAGGGUUGGCUCCGUCGCAGGGUGGGAAGUAUGUUGGGUUUGGAUCCACUCCGGUGCAGGCGCCUAGGAGGGAUCAGCAAGGGGAUGUUUUGUCUGUUGUUACUCAGGGAUUUGGGAAGUUAUCUAUGGUUGCAGCAUCGGCUGCUCAGUCAGCGGCUACUGUGGUGCAAGCUGGGACCAAAGAUCUAACUUCUAAGGUGAGAGAAGGUGGCUACGAUCACAAGGUCAAUGAAACUGUCACUGUCGUGACUGCAAAAACAAGUGAGAUUGGCCAAAAGACUUGGGGGCUGAUGAAAGGGGUGAUGGCAUUGGCAUCACAGAAGGUCGAAGAGUACACCAAAGAAGGUAGUAGUGGCUGGAUGAAUGAUGGUUGGCAAAGAAAUGAAACCCAGGGUAAUGGCAGUUAUAAGGAAUUCGAGCAGGAGUCCAAAGGAUGGAAUUCUAGCGCCUCCUCUGGUCAACAUGUUAGUUCUGCUAGCCCAGGCUCUUGGGAUGAUUGGGAUGCUACAGACCCCCCUCGAAAGGAAGUAUCUACGAAGGGGACAUCAUCACAUGAGGGAGACAACUGGGCUGGCUGGGAUGACGAUAAAGAUGACAGAUACGACAGUUUUUACCAAAGUGCACCCAGUAGCAAUAAGACUGAGGGCCGCAAUGGCAAAUCAGAUUCUGGCUGGACAGAGGGAGGCUUCAUCUGAGGUUACUAUAAUAUUCUCAGGGGUUUCUUAUGGUUUUUUCUCCCAGCAGAUCUUUCGCACAUACUGGUUGAAGUGCAUUCUGUACAAUGGUCAUACAAUGCGGGUAAUUGCCCAACUAAAGAAAAUGACUGCUUGUAUUCCUAAGGAACUGGUGGUUGGUUUUAGUUAAAAGCAACGUUGGUUGUAUAAUUUCAUGCACCUUUUUUUUUUGCUGUUUAAGAACUUUUCACUCAAUUGUACUAUGACAUUUUUUAUCAUUUGCUCUUUGCCAGUGCACAAUCUGAAUUCUAUUUGUUAAGGUUUAUUUAUAUGUAACUAUUACACUCUUGGAUAGUA